AUGUUACAACGGUUUUACCUCUGGAAAUGCUUAGCCUCGGGGAUCAUCCUGGGAGUGCUGUCUGCAGUCUGCUUCGGCCAGUACGAUGACGACUGGCAAUAUGAGGAUUGCAAACUAGCUAGGGGAGGACCGCCAGCCACCAUAGUUGCCAUUGAUGAAGAAAGCCGGAAUGGUACGAUUCUGGUGGAUAACAUGCUGAUCAAAGGGACUGCGGGAGGACCAGACCCCACCAUCGAACUUUCCUUAAAGGACAACGUGGAUUACUGGGUGUUGCUGGACCCCAUCAAGCAAAUGCUCUUCCUGAACAGCACGGGCAGAGUUCUGGAUAGAGACCCCCCGAUGAACAUACACUCGAUCGUGGUGCAGGUGCAGUGCAUCAACAAGAAGGUGGGCACCGUCAUCUACCAUGAGGUUCGCAUCGUGGUGAGGGACCGCAACGACAACUCUCCCACGUUCAAGCACGACAGCUACUAUGCCACGGUGAAUGAGCUCACUCCGGUCGGCACCACCAUAUUUACAGGGUUUUCAGGAGACAACGGAGCUACAGACAUAGAUGAUGGACCAAAUGGGCAGAUAGAAUACGUCAUCCAGUACAAUCCGGAGGACCCGACAUCCAAUGACACCUUUGAAAUCCCCCUCAUGUUGACUGGGAAUGUGGUGUUAAGGAAGAGGCUCAACUAUGAAGACAAGACUCGGUACUUUGUCAUCAUCCAAGCUAAUGACCGGGCACAAAAUCUGAAUGAGCGGCGAACCACCACCACCACCCUCACGGUGGAUAUUCUGGACGGAGAUGACUUGGGUCCGAUGUUUCUUCCUUGUGUCCUUGUGCCGAACACUCGUGACUGUCGCCCGCUCACCUACCAAGCUGCCAUACCUGAGCUCAGAACUCCGGAAGAACUGAACCCCAUCGUGGUUACCCCGCCCAUCCAAGCUGUUGACCAGGACCGGAACAUUCAGCCGCCAGCAGAUAGACCAGGCAUCCUCUACUCUAUCCUUGUUGGGACUCCGGAGGAUUACCCACGAUUUUUCCAUAUGCAUCCUAGGACGGCAGAACUUAGCCUCCUGGAGCCCGUAAACAGAGAUUUUCACCAGAAAUUUGAUUUGGUUAUUAAGGCUGAACAAGACAAUGGUCACCCUCUGCCAGCCUUUGCCAGUCUACAUAUUGAAAUACUGGAUGAAAACAACCAGAGUCCCUACUUCACGAUGCCCAGUUAUCAAGGCUACAUUCUGGAAUCUGCCCCAGUGGGAGCCACUAUCUCUGACAGUCUGAAUUUGACCACCCCUCUUAGAAUUGUGGCUCUGGACAAGGACAUAGAGGAUGUUCCUCCAGGGGGAGUUCCUACGAAAGACCCAGAGCUUCACCUUUUUCUCAACGAUUACACCUCAGUCUUCACCGUCACACAGACAGGUAUCACUCGCUACCUCACCCUACUUCAACCAGUGGACCGAGAAGAGCAGCAAACUUACACUUUUUCGAUAACAGCAUUUGAUGGUGUGCAAGAAAGCGAGCCAGUUAUUGUCAAUAUCCGGGUGAUGGAUGCAAAUGAUAACACUCCAACCUUCCCUGAAAUAUCCUAUGAUGUCUACGUUUAUACAGACAUGAGCCCCGGGGACAGCGUCAUACAGCUCACCGCGGUGGAUGCAGAUGAAGGGUCCAACGGGGAGAUUACCUACGAAAUCCUAGUUGGGGCUCAGGGAGACUUCACCAUCAACCGCACCACGGGGCUCAUCACCAUCGCUCAGGGGGUGGCGCUGACAGUGGGGCGCACCUAUGCGCUCACAGUCCAGGCUGCAGACAACGCGCCUCCUGCAGAGAGAAGGCACUCCAUCUGCACCGUGUACAUUGAAGUGCUUCCUCCAAAUAAUCAGAGCCCUCCCCGCUUCCCACAGUUGAUGUACAGCCUUGAAAUCAGUGAAGCCAUGAGGAUUGGUGCUGUUUUAUUAAAUCUCCAGGCAACUGAUCGAGAGGGAGACCCAAUAACAUAUGCCAUUGAGAAUGGAGAUCCCCAGCGAGUUUUUAAUCUUUCAGAAACUACUGGGAUUCUAACCUUAGGGAAAGCCCUGGACAGGGAGAGCACGGAUCGCUACAUUCUGAUCGUCACUGCUUCCGAUGGCAGGCCGGAUGGGACCUCAACUGCCACGGUAAAUGUGUUAGUGACAGAUGUCAAUGACAACGCCCCAGUGUUCGAUCCCUAUCUGCCUCGAAAUCUGUCCGUGGUCGAAGAAGAAGCCAAUGCGUUUGUGGGUCAAGUAAGGGCAACAGACCCUGAUGCGGGAAUAAAUGGCCAGGUGCACUACAGUCUGGGCAACUUCAAUAACCUCUUUCGCAUCACAUCUAACGGGAGUAUUUACACAGCAGUGAAGCUUAACCGAGAGGUCAGGGACUACUACGAACUUGUCGUUGUGGCAACCGAUGGGGCGGUUCACCCGCGUCACUCAACUCUGACGCUGGCCAUCAAAGUGUUGGAUAUUGAUGAUAACAGUCCCGUGUUCACUAACUCAACAUAUACUGUCAUCGUAGAAGAGAACCUGCCAGCCGGGACCACCUUCCUUCAGAUAGAGGCCAAAGAUGUUGACCUCGGAGCAAAUGUGUCUUAUCGGAUCAGAAGCCCAGAAGUCAAGCACUUUUUUGCACUACAUCCAUUUACAGGAGAACUCUCCCUCUUAAGGAGUUUGGACUAUGAGUCAUUUCCAGACCAGGAAGCAAGCAUCACUUUUCUCGUGGAGGCCUUCGAUAUUUAUGGAACGAUGCCACCGGGCAUUGCUACUGUCACAGUGAUAGUGAAGGAUAUGAAUGAUUAUCCUCCAGUAUUUAGUAAACGAAUCUACAAAGGGAUGGUGGCUCCGGAUGCUGUCAAGGGCACACCUAUCACCACGGUUUAUGCUGAAGACGCAGACCCUCCUGGAUUACCUGCAAGUCGUGUGAGGUACAGAGUAGAUGAUGUCCAGUUUCCUUAUCCUGCUAGUAUUUUUGACGUAGAAGAAGAUUCUGGAAGAGUAAUAACUCGAGUCAAUCUUAAUGAAGAACCUACGACAAUUUUUAAGUUGGUGGUCGUCGCUUUUGAUGAUGGUGAGCCUGUGAUGUCCAGCAGUGCCACAGUGAAGAUUCUGGUCUUACAUCCUGGAGAAAUCCCACGCUUCACACAAGAGGAAUAUAGACCCCCUCCGGUGAGCGAACUUGCUGCCGGAGGCACAACAGUUGGUGUCAUUUCUGCAGCGGCCGUCAACCAGAGUAUCGUGUACUCCAUUGUCUCAGGAAACGAAGACGGUCUGUUUGGAAUCCACAACAUCACGGGUGUUAUCUAUGUCAAUGCCCCUCUGGAUUACGAGACAAGAACGAGCUAUGUGCUUCGCGUCCAGGCUGAUUCCCUGGAAGUGGUCCUCGCCAAUCUCCGAGUUCCUUCGAAAAGUCACACAGCGCAAAUAUUUUUAAAAAUCAAGGCUACUGACAAAGAUACUGGCAAUUAUAGCGCCAUGGCAUACCGACUCAUCAUUCCACCAAUUAAAGAGGGAAAAGAAGGAUUUGUUGUAGAAACAUAUACCGGGCUCAUCAAAACCGCUAUGCUUUUCCACAACAUGAGAAGGUCCUACUUCAAAUUCCAAGUCAUCGCGACUGACAACUAUGGGCAGGGGCUAAGUGGCAAGGCAGAUGUGCUGGUCUCUGUGGUCAACCAGCUGGACAUGCAGGUGAUCGUUUCGAACGUGCCCCCGACUCUGGUGGAGAAAAAGAUAGAAGACCUUACAGAGAUUUUGGAUCGGUAUGUUCAGGAGCAAAUUCCUGGUGCCAAAGUGGUGGUGGAGUCCAUCGGUGCUCGCAGGCAUGGGGAUGCCUUUUCGCUAGAAGAUUACACCAAAUGUGACCUGACUGUCUAUGCAAUCGACCCCCAAACCAACAGAGCCAUCGACAGAAAUGAGCUUUUUAAAUUUUUGGAUGGCAAACUGCUUGAUAUCAAUAAAGACUUUCAGCCGUAUUACGGCGAAGGAGGACGUAUUCUGGAGAUCCGGACCCCGGAGGCAGUGACCAGCAUUAAAAAGCGAGGAGAGAGCCUAGGCUAUACAGAGGGGGCCCUGCUUGCACUCGCCUUCAUCAUCAUCCUCUGCUGUAUCCCUGCCAUCUUGGUAGUUCUGGUCAGCUACAGACAGUUUAAAGUACGCCAAGCCGAGUGCACCAAGACAGCGCGAAUCCAGUCGGCAUUACCCGCAGCCAAGCCUGCUGCACCUGCGCCCGCACCUGUGGCCGCGCCCCCGCCGCCCCCCGGGGCGCACCUGUAUGAGGAGCUGGGAGACAGCACCAUGCAUAAGUAUGAGAUGCCUCAGUAUGGAAGCCGUCGCCGUCUCUUACCGCCAGCUGGACCAGAGGAGUAUGGUGAGGUGGUUGGUGAAGCCGAGGAAGAAUAUGAGGAGGAAGAGGAAAAGGCAAAGAAAAUUAAAAAACCUAAAGUUGAAGUCAGAGAGCCUAGUGAGGAGGAGGAAGUGGUUGUCACCAUCGAGAAGCCACCGCUGGCCGAGCCUCCCUGCACCACGUGGAAGAGGGCCAGGAUAUUCCCGAUGAUCUUCAGGAAAGUUAGAGGGCUGGCCGAGAGGAGGGGCGUCGUGGACCUCGAGAGUGAAGAGUGGCAGCGACGCCUUGAGGAAGCAGACAAGGAUUAUCUGAAGCUCACCCUGGACCAAGACGAGGCCACAGAGAGCACGGUGGAGUCAGAGGAAGAAUCCUCGAGCGACUACACAGAGUACAGCGAAGAGGAGUCGGAGUUCAGCGAGUCGGAGACCACGGAAGAGGAGUCUGAGUCGGAGACGCCCUCGGAGGAGGAGGAAGAGAGCUCUACCCCUGAAUCCGAAGAGUCGGAGUCCACAGAGUCAGAAGGAGAGAAGGCCAGGAAGAACAUCUUUCUGGCCAGAAGAAGGCCGGUUGUUGAGGAGGUCAAGGAGGUCAAAGGCAGGAAACGGGAGCCCCCUGAAGAGCCUGAGGAGCCGCCCAGGGAGGAGGAGGAGGAGGGAGGGCCAGCAGCAGGAGGGGAGAGCGAGCUGGCCUCCGUGGACGAGCCGGCAGGCCUGGAGGUCACCGAGGAGGGGAGCGCAGAGGCGGCCUCGGGGGAAGAGGGCUCGGCCAGCGAGGAGGAGUCAGAGCCGGCCAGUAGUGUUAGCAGCAGCAGCAGCAGCGAGAGCCAGUCUGGAGGGCCCUGGGGCUUCCAGGUGCCAGAGCAGGACAGCAGCAGGGACGCGCGCCGGGACAGGCAUCCGGGAGGCUCCGAGGGCUACGACACGGCCCUCUGA